ACCACCAGAGGUUUGGUCUGAAGGAAAAGCUGCUUUUUCUCAGAAGUCAGAGAUCCAAGUCUCUCUCUCUCUCUCUCUCUCUCUCUUCUCUCUGUGUAUGUGUGCCUCUCUCUCUCCCUCCUAGUGAUGUCACCUCAGUCCUGUGAGAACAUUCAUUCCACCCGCAGUGUGCGUCUCCAGCCCCUCUCCAUAGACGCGCUGUUUGCCAAAAACGCAAAAACCGACCUUUACGCACAGACAAAGUGGAGCGCCGUUCCAUCGGGGAGCCUCUCCUUACACUUUGGGAACUUCUCACUCUCGUUGACUUUUGGGAAUAUAGUGUAAGUCAGAAGUAUCUGAAGGACUUAUAAUGAAGGAGCUGCGUCUUCGGGGAAUGGAUUCGGACCGGGAUGCGCUCCGUUUGCUCUAUCUGGAGGGUUGCGCGCAGCCGCUCGUCAUGCUCUAGUAAAGCAGCAGUGCGCGCCCUGCAGAAACUAAUUCUGAAAAGGAAAAAAACGGGGUGCAAAAUACCAACAAAAUGAUGCCAACGGACUGUAUGCAGCAAGAAUGGAUUUAAGCCAUUUCGAUCUGCUGGUGGAAAACGUCUCCAGUGAUGAAAACGCCACCGACGCGCCGUUUGUUUUGCCGCAUUCAGAGGCAGCAACUGCGCUUAUCAUCCUUGUGGUUACUGUGAUCAUCUUGGUGACUAUUGUCGGAAAUGUGCUGGUGAUUGUGGCGGUGCUCACGAGCCGCGCGCUCCGUGCGCCCCAGAACCUUUUCCUCGUCUCUCUGGCAUCUGCGGACAUCCUGGUGGCCACGCUGGUCAUCCCCUUUUCUCUCGUGAACGAGGUCAUGGGUUAUUGGUACUUUGGAAGUACUUGGUGCGCCUUCUACCUGGCUCUGGAUGUCUUGUUCUGCACCUCAUCUAUCGUGCACCUGUGCGCCAUCAGCCUGGACCGCUACUGGUCAGUCACCAAAGCGGUGAGCUACAACCUGAAGCGCACGCCGAAGCGCAUCAAGUCGAUGAUUGUCGUGGUGUGGGUCAUAUCUGCUGUCAUCUCCUUCCCUCCCCUCCUCAUGACCAAGCAUGACGAGAGGGAGUGCCUGCUGAACGAUGAGACUUGGUACAUCAUCUCCUCCUGCAUGGUCUCUUUCUUCGCCCCGGGUCUCAUCAUGAUCCUUGUUUACUGUAAGAUUUAUAAAGUGGCGAAGCAGCGCUCCUCCACCGUGUUCGUGGCCAAGAACGGCCUGGAGAGGCAGCCGUCUCAGUCUGAGACUUGUUUUGUCCGGAAGGACCGGUUCGAGGCUGAGAGCCCGAGCAGCCAGAGCUCCGGCAGCCAGCAGCAGCGGCAGGGCGAGCUGGAUGACAUUGACCUGGAGGAGAGCUGCUACUCCUCGGAUACUAAACCGCGCCACAACCGCUUCACCAAGCGCAGAAAGGUGGAGGGCUCGGACUGCUGCCCGCCGCAGAGCUGCCGCCUCUCCUGGGCUUCAGCCCGGGCGUUACAGCCCUACCCGGAGCAGAAACACCCACCCGGGCGACAGCAGCUGGCAAACAAGACCAAAGUGGCCCAGAUGCGCGAGAAGCGCUUCACCUUCGUGCUGGCUGUGGUGAUGGGGGUGUUUGUGCUCUGCUGGUUCCCCUUCUUCUUCACCUACACCCUCCACGCCAUCUGCAGAGACAGCUGCUACAUCCCCGGUGCCCUUUUCAACCUCUUCUUCUGGAUUGGCUACUGCAACAGUUCUGUCAAUCCCAUCAUUUACACCAUUUUCAAUAGAGAUUUCAGAAAAGCCUUUAAGAAAAUCAUAUGCAGAACUUCAAAGCGCACAUAAAAAGGUGUUUACUUUUCAUUUUUUGCCCCCAACAGGAUCAGAAAUGUAUUAUUAUUAGUAUUGAUGUAGUGUUUGGCCUCCACACCAUUAUACUGUAAUCAUCAUUCUGAGAAAAAAGUCCAGUGUUGUGUAGCAGUAAAGUCUUUAAAUAAAUUGAAUCUGGUGCAGUAAUGCAAGAACAUUCACUGUUUAUCUCAAUUGUGAGGCUCUAAUGGAGUCAUGCACCCAGAAAUAUGGUCUAAUAAUUUAUAACUUUUGCCGCACAAAAGGUUUUUGCAAAUAUUCCCAUAUAAGGUAAAAAAUAUGUCUUUGCAAUUCAAAAGAUCCUGGAUCUUUUGGGAGGGCUGUACUUACCAUUAGGCAAGGGUAGUUAUUGGGGCUGGUGGGAAAAUCAAUUUGGUAAUAUAUCACAAUAUUUAUAUUGUGAUACAUAUAUAUCUGUUUAAAAUGUUGACAAGACGAUAUUUGAUUAAUUACUUAUGAGCAAACGUAGUUCAGUGUCUUACUUUUGUUUUACACUUAGACUGCAGCACUUAAUUUCCUCAAAACAAUAUUGGUUAAUGAACAUUCAUUCUAUUUUUUUUUCUUAUAUUGAAAAAUAUUUUGUUAUGCAUAUUAGACAAGAUUGAUGGUAUACUUUAAGAGCAAAAAAAUACUAAUUUACCAAAAGAAAAGCAUCAUUAAUUUGCUUAGGUAAAAGCAGCUUGAAUAUGAGAAAUAGUUGCAGUUUUGUGAUCAUUAAUUAAAAGAUUUUUUUUUUAUUUUUAACAUGAAAGGUGCAUUCAUAUUUAGAAAGAGUUUUUUUCCACUUAAUACAAUUUAAAGAACAUUGUAAAAAUCGUUCUGGUACAGUCUUGGGAUGGAUCUCGAUACGUAUCGUAUUGUGAGACACGUACAGUGAUAUAUAUCAUAUUACCAGACUCUUGCCAAUACACACCUCUAGUAGUGAUUGUCCAAGCUGAACACUAAAAAUGUCAAAAAAUAAUUUCCAUUCCCAAUAAUAUUUAACUGUCAAACAUUAAAUCCAGUGUAGGUCCUUGGUCUUUUAUGCUACUAGUAGCCACAAGGGGGCCGUCGGGUUUCCCUGUGCCGGUCCCAGCCCAGAUAAAAUACAGAAUUGUGUCAGGGAGGGCAUCUGGCAUAAACAUCUCUCCCAAACCACCUGUGCGAAUCACUGAAAUGCCAUAAGACUGCUCGUGUGAAAGUGUCUUGUCCUCCCCCGUCCCUGAGUAGCAAUGGACUAUUCCAUCAACAGCAAGUUAGAUAUAUACAUUUCUUCAUUAUUGGAAUGCACUUUUAAUAUGUAUGUCAAAACUUUUAAAUUUUUGAUAAUGUGUAAAAGUGGACCAGUGAGGGAGUUAUUUGUUUUUUUUCUAAGAAAUGACUGAUGCGACCACUACAGGGGGCCCCAUGUUCGCCUGGGGCCCCCAAACUUUUAAGUCCGCCACUGUUCAAGGGGAAAGCGAAAUAUUCAGAGCUGGCAUCCGGUUCACAGAGAGUGCUUUGUGUUGAGAAAAACAAAGAUAUAAUCCCCGCAUGACCAGUGUAGCAGCAAGUGCAUUUUAUAACAGAAAAUAAAUAAAUAAAUAAAUAAAUACUGUCAGACACAGAUUGCAGCAGGCUGAAACAACACCAGGAUUCCAGGUACUUCACUGUUAGAGCCUCUCUUUCUUUGCUGCAAGCCUCUCAACUAUUUUAAGUGAGUUGUCAAACUUACAUAAGAGUCUGAUCUCACUCCAACUCACACCAGAACAAUGACCAGACCAUGUGGAGAGUUUUGCACUUUCAAAACCAUGUACACAACUUGUUCUAAAAAAAAA